AUGAAAGGUUAUGAUGAUAACGACGAUCAUCAUAUUAAAACAAGAUGCGUCAAGGCGAUACACAGAGAUAAAUUGAAAGCUCCACCAUCAUACUGCUACUCGUUCAAAGGUCUACUCGAGUUGAUACAAACACGACCAUUACUGCAGUGCUAUCAUUUCAUAUCACCACGACUAUUAAAAGAGAUCAUCAAAUGUAUCAACCCUCACCUCAAUCAUGCCACCAUUGACCAGACCACCUUUUCAAGACAACAACCCCAAUCAAACAGUAUCAGUGCUAGAUUCGCAGCCACCUCACCAAUGGCAGUCUAUCGACUCAUUCACGACCAAGAGACAAUGAACAUGGCCUGUAAAAAGAGACUGCUCUCUCAUUGCAUAGACAUUGAGUUUACUGCACAACCUCUAUUCUCUUUUCAAUACUUUAAAGUGUUUAUAGAGACUGCCUCCUCUUACCUACCACCCACCACCAAAGAUUCUAUUUCAAUUGAUGUAUUCUUAAAGUUUAUGGCCAAGACCGACUCGUCACCACGACAAUACCUAGAUCUCAUCGUGACCAAGAUGAAAGGUACAUUUGGAAGUUUUGGAUCGGUUCGUACCGAUACAUUCAUUUACAGCUCAACAUAUAAAGUGUGUGAUAUAUGUCCGCUAGCAAACCGACUAUUACAAAAACAGGUAAUAGAGAUAUGUCUACGACAAAAUGGUAUCAAAUCAAAAUACAUUUCUAGUCUACUAGACACCAACUCGAUUAAUCUAGUUGCCAAAGAAAUGGAUUCACUCUAUAAAAGUGGUCAAUUAGAAAUGUUGGAAUGGUUAGCCAAUAACAUUACAUUUGAUUAUUGUCCACUUGACCAAGUUCAAUAUUGGUUUUCUAAACUACCAUUCCCAACUAUCAUCAAUACAAAGGACGACCGUCUAGAGGAUACAACAUAUCAUUCCUCUAUAGAUGUACUAUUAACCUAUUUCUAUAGAUUGGCAUUUAUAUAUUGGUUGGACGGUAAGAAAUACUUGGCUAUACAAUUACUACAUUCAAAGUUUGGUACGGUACUUGUAGAACAGGCUAAAAGUCAUUCCUAUAAAACAUCAAUGCUUUAUGCAAACACUCCACACUUUCAAAAUGUGUAUCAUCAAACUAUUGCUAGAAUAUCAUUCAUAUUGGAUAAUCCUACUAAAAGUAGUAGUAGUAGGAGUAGGAGUAGGUUACACCAAAUAUUUCAUUCUUGUCCAACUCUUUCAUUCUCUUUGAGUGAAAUUGAAUAA